AUGUCCGAGAAGCCGUCUGGAAAAUCGAAACCGGCAUGCAGUGAAGGUGGUGAUCUUCGCGUUCAGACGGAGAGCGGAGAUACAUUCAUCACAGCUACUCAACGACCCGAUGGAUCAUGGAGAAAAGCGAGAAGGGUGAAAGAAGGCUACAUUCCACAAGAUGAGCAACCCAAAUAUCAGAAUAGAAUGCAGUUGGAAGCCACCAAUGGAAGAUCUUCCGUGCCGUCUGGAGCCAAUCCUCGAGCACCUGCUGGGACCCGAAAGCCAGUUAGUGCAAUCAAAGCUAAUGUGUGCAUCACUCCACAAGAUCACUUCCAAAAGAAAAUCGAUUUAACCAAGAAGAAGAUUGAAGAUAUUGAAGGAAUGGAAUCUCGAAUUGCAAGUGGAGAAUUGGUUCCACAGCCGAAUCAAGUGAAGAAAAUCCAACGGAAACAAGAGUAUCUGGAUGAGAUCGAAAAGCUAACGAAAGAAAUGGAGAAGCUAUAA